AUGAUAAUUACAGUAUUCAUUGCUGCUUUGGCAGCUGUUUCCACUGCACAGUGUCAGGAGGUCACUGAAACAGUGACUCGAUGCACAACCAGCUACAGCGAAUUCCCUGCGCCUACUGGAUCCAUCUUCGAGACGUCGUUAGUCUACACGACUGUCACCAACAAUCUCUCCGUCACCAGCACCACCCAGCAGACAAUCACGGUCACUCCUGUGGCGACCACUUUUACCGAUGUCGUCAAUACAACUACGACAUUUACCACAACAGUGACUUCCGUCCCUGCUGCAACUACUGUCUCCGCACCUGUCGGUUUCUUCCCGCUCAUCAACACUCCUGCUGCUACUCCCGCCGCCUUUGGACGUCACCGACGUGCACUGAUCGAGACACGGGCUCAGCAUCUCGAGAAAGUCAAGCGUCUCCCCAAGACCCCCGAGGGCAACACUGGAGGAUUUAUUGUCCUUCCUAAUGGUCAGGGUCAAAGUCUCAAGCGCAUCUACCCUGUAGGCGUUACGUGCCGCGUCACUACCAACAUCAACAGCACCGAGACCAUCAUCGUCACCGGUGUUCCCAAGACCGAGGUCCUGGUUCCUGCCACUGCUACUGCUGUUAGCACGUCUACCAUGACCGCUACUGAGACGGUCAUCGAAAUCGAGGCCCAGCCGACUGAGUACGCAGCCUGCCAGCCAAACAACGUGGUGAGCAACGUUCCCGGAUUCGACAACCGUCCGCUGUUUUUCGACCGCAUCGUCUUCAUCCCUGUCGACGGCUUCCCCAUCGCCAACAGCCUAGUCGUCAACACCACCUCGGCGGUGAACUGCUGCAUCGCGUGCCAAAACACGCCCUUUUGCGCCGGCUCCUUCUACGCCCCCUCCAUUCGCGCCUGCCACCUGCAACUCACCCAGGCAGCGCCCGUGGCCUCGGUGCCCUCGCUUCCCUCUGCAAGCAUGACCCCGCCCUUCCCUCUGCCCAGCUCAAACACUUCCCUCCCUUACCUCACUGCAUCCGGCGCCCCCUACCCAGCAGGCAACGGCAGCAUCGCGCUCUACCCCACCGCAACUGGUCGCCUACCCAGCGGCUACAGCACACUGAUUCCGACCGCCACGCCAAUCUCCAGCUCCGGCGGCAUGAGCAUCCUCCCCAUCGCCGAGGCGCCGGUCCCGGGUACUGUGAACCAACCCGGCGCGGGCACGUGUUCGGCCGGCAGCAUGAGCUUGUAUCUGGGCAAGGUGUAUGGGCAGUCCAACUUCCCCGCGGAUGUCGCGAUGAGUGUGAGUAAUGGGCCGUGCGGACGCAUGAGCAUUGAUUUUGAGCCGCAGCCGGCGGUCGAGGAGGGCGAGCUUGGGCAGGCGGUUGAGAGGCGGUGGAUUGCUAUCUCGUGA